AUGCCAGUUCCAUUUGAAGCGCUUAUUCCAUUUGGUAUUAUUGUUGGAUUAUUUUCAGUAACAGGUGGGAUGCUUACAGCAGUUCAAUAUUUUGAAAACAACGGCCAUAAACCGCGAUAUGACCUAGAUCGUUGGGAUCGGCAAAUGAUUGCGCGUGAUCAGCGAUUGACAGGUGCAUUACGUAUUCAAUCAGACAAUCCUCGUGCACCUUCUGCAUUUGCCACAAAUAGUGAAUGGAAGGUGUGUAAAAAUACAAAUGAAAUACAGAGAAAAAGUAUUAAAUAUUGA